AUGGAUUCAAACAAGGACGAAGCCGAGCGUUGUAUCAAAAUAGCACUGAAUGCUGUUGGCAACAACCAACCAGACAAAGCCAGGAAGUUCCUUGAAAAGGCCCAGCGUUUGUUUCCGACGAACCAAGCCCAAAAUUUACUGGACACGCUAGCGCAGAAUGGGAAGCCUCCGGACCAGAAUGGCGGACCUAUUCACGGAGAUAAACCCUCCGUGAGGCACCGUCAUCACAGAGAGGACGCAGAGACGUCCACACAGGGUCCCGCAGAUUCGACAAAACCGUACACCGCCGAGCAAAUGGAUGCGGUCAAGAAGAUUAAGGGCUGUAAAGAUUACUACCAAAUCCUUGGGGUAGAAAAGACUGCUUCUGAUGAAGACCUCAAAAAAGCGUACCGGAAGCUUGCACUGAAGUUUCACCCAGAUAAAAACCACGCACCCGGAGCCACUGAUGCAUUUAAAGCCAUCGGUAAUGCGUAUGCCGUGUUGAGCAAUGUUGAGAAGCGGCGGCAGUACGACCAGUAUGGGGAGGAGAGGUCGCACCCGAACAGACAACGGCAACACCGUGACUUUGAAGCCGAUAUUUCACCUGAGGACCUCUUCAACAUGUUCUUUGGUGGCGGAUUCCCAUCUAGUAAUGUACAUGUUUACAGAAAUGGAAGAAUGCACUUUGCGCACCAUAACAGGCAAGAUAGAAGAGAGCAACAGAGAGAUGGUGGUCUUGCACUGUUUGUCCAGCUAAUGCCCAUCCUAAUCCUCAUUCUCGUGUCGGCACUCAGUCAACUGAUGGUUACGCACCCCCCCUACAGCCUUAGCUACCGCCCGUCAGCCGGGUACAUUCACAAAAGGCAUACAUCUCACUUGAACGUGCCUUUCUACGUGGGCGAACGCUUUAACGAGGACUUCACAGGAGCCAAUCUGAAGAAUGUGGAGAGAACGGUGGAGGAAGACUUCAUCUCCAACUUAAGGAACAACUGCUGGAAGGAGAGGCAACAGAAGGAAGGCUUAAUGUACCGCGCUCGCUAUUUUGGGGACUCUGAGUUGUAUCAAAGGGCACAGAGGAUGGUGACCCCAAGCUGCAACCGGUUAUCUGAGAUUCAGGUCAUACUGGACGGUUAG